CAUCAAUAACAGUUGAAUCAAGAUGGCGGCCGAGGGCGAGUACGAGUCGAUCCUGUGCGUGAAACCCGAUGUCAACGUUUAUCGCAUCCCGCCGCGAGCUUCAAACCGCGCAUACAGGGCAGCUGACUGGAAGCUGGAUACUCCAGACUGGUCUGGUCGAAUGAGGAUCACAGCCAAGGGCCAAGUGGCGUACGUCAAGCUGGAGGACAAGGUCUCAGGGGAGCUGUUUGCCCAGGCACCAAUUAAGGAAUAUCCUGGUGUUGCAGUAGAAACAGUCAGCGACUCUAGCCGAUACUUUGUUUUGCGGAUACAGGAUGACAACGGUCGCAGUGCUUUCAUAGGAGUUGGCUUCGGCGACCGAGGGGAUGCAUUCGAUUUCAACGUGGCUUUGCAGGAUCAUUUCAAAUGGGUGAAACAGGAGAAUGAAAUUAGUAAAAGCGCCCAGCUCGGUGAUUCAGGACCAAAACUGGACUUGGGCUUUAAAGAGGGACAGACCAUCACACUCAACAUAGGGCAAGGUAAAAAGAGGGACAAACCCCGCCCACAAGGCUCAGGUGGAUUUGGACUCCUCCCACCACCCCCUGGAGGCAAGAUAGCCCCUCCUCCUUCGUUAGGCUCAUCCAAUCACAACAUAGUUCCCCAGACAGGGGACAUGGCAACAGGCUGCCUGUUGGAGCUGGACAGUAGUAACUCGAACACAGUGGUUCAGUCGAAUGCUAGUUCAGAUCUUUGGGGAGACUUCUCCGCUCCUGCAAGCUCGGUUCCACCACCAUCACGGCCACAGAACGCUGGAAACUGGAUCCAGUUUUGAGCCGUCAGCCAUCCCAUCGGCUGUGAUUUCCAUCUCACCACCCGCAUCCGUGUCUGUAGCUUCCUGUGCAUCACACUGAGAGUAACUCCCCACACACUGAUCCCAAAGCAGAGACGUGAACCUCCACUGAGCUGUAGAAACAACUCAUUUCAUUCAGAAAGAAUCAGAGUUCUUUCAACUAUUCUUGACAGGAAAUGAAUCUGUUUAAGCCAUUACAUGAUAUGAGCCAUUUCCAAAAAUAUUUAAGGGCUAUGUGUGACGUCCUGAGUAGCAGGUGUUCCUCUUUUAUGUGUCUGCGUCACCUCCCCAGCAGAUGGCUCUCUGAGCAGAGCUUUAUCUUUGAUCUGGAAUGUUUUGUCUCACUGCAGCGGCUCCCCCUGCAGGCGCUGCAGAGUGCUACAGCUCAAUGAAAGGCACCUGAGCUUUCUGUAACCUGCUGUGAAUAAUGUGCAAAGAGCUGCUCAGCUAAUGUGAAGACUUUGUUAACUGUCAGACAGUUUCUUUUUUGUUCUACAGAUUGGCAUUUAGAUCUUAUUUUGUGUAUCAGCCUUAUUAUUUCUACUGAAAUUGAGAUUUCAUCAUUUGCCCUGAAAUAAUUUUGCAGUUACAGCGGCAGUCUUUCUAACUUAUUUAAAUAUAAAUCCUGAGAAAAAGCAGUUUGAGACUUAUAACAGUUUUUCUCGAAGUAAAGUAGGAGUUAUAGACAGAGUGGGGUUUUAAAUGUGUCGUUCCCAUCCUCACACUGUGAACUGUGGAGCAGUGCGACCUCGUCCACGUCUCAAAAUUACUGUAUUUAAACAUCUACUCUAGAUGUAAAGUGUGGUUUGAUUACAUAAUGAUAAUGCAAGUGGAUUUAAAGAUGCAAAAUGUUCAGGUUAGCUUUGAUUCUUUGUAAGAUACGAAAAUGAAAUUGUCAGGAUAUCAAAUGAAUGCAGAUGCUUAAAUCACCUUUAUCAUGCCUUCUGCUGGUAUUUAUCACCACAGGAACCAGGAACUAUCCAUUGUACAGCAUUAAGUGUGUUUAUAGAAUUACUGGGCUUACUUAAAGUUGAAUUACACACUGUAGGUAUGAAAGAUAUGUUCAUAGAAAUAUAGGGGGUACACUAACAUUGCUAUAUUGUAUCUCUAAAUUUAUGUUUACAAUGUAAAAUCAUAUGUAUUCACUACAAGGUGGCUUACUUUAUUUUAACCCUGAAAUUAGUAGCCAAAUCUAGACAUGUAGGCUAUCAAUAAUUUACAUUUUACAUAUCUUUUUAGGGAAAAAAGCUAAGAAUGAAACAUAUUUUGUAGAAUUAGGCGAUGAGUGACCGUCUGCUGGCAGUAAAUUCAAGCUACUUAAAUAUUUAGAGACCUUCUUCACCCCAAUCACCUCAUCCCAGUUAAUCGCCCAUUUCCAAAAUCCAGUUAAAUUUAAUAAAUGAGGAGAAGCAGAGGAGCAGGACUGUAGGGCUAGUUAUCAUUAAGUCCUUGGAAACUAGGUACUUUCCUUAAGGCCCAUAUCAGAGGAAAGAAUGAAUGUUGGCAUGGUUGGCAAGUGAAAUAUCAGUUUUACUUUUUGCAUUAAAUAUGUUUAAACUAUGACUGUCCACCGGAUUUACAUUUAGAUGCACUUCCCACACCUCAGCUAGCUCCCCUUCUGUAACAACCACUCUUAUGUUAGAGAGAUAACCAACUGAGGGGAGUUUUGAGACAGUCUUAGUCACAGUGGAAAGAGUGUGAUUGCUUCAGAAGUGUACGUGCAGUCACUUUACCUGCUUCUCCAUGUUUGUGAAAUGAGGCUUUUUAAUAGACACAGUGUUUAGAAAGCUGCAGUUUAACUGCAAAAACUAAUUACUGAAUGUUUUAUGGAUGUGAGAGCAGAUCUUGAUAAACCCGGUAAGUCCAAAGUUUGGCCUGAGGGCCAGCUGUGGCCUGCGGACCAGUUUUAAAGGCCUGCUGCGUGUCUUUUAAAAUAUACUUUAUGUUGCCCGCCACACAAUGUUGGUUAGUCAAGCAAGAUUAGUGUAUUUUUUUCCAUUCAAGUCACCAUGGCAGGACUUUCAAACAGUGUGUAGACAUGCAUAAAGUACAAAGCACGCAGGUGGAACUAAUGUGUUUCAUAAACAGAAGGUAAAUAAGCCAACGAAUGACAGCCUAUAACAGCAGACAUUUCCUGCCAGGUAGCAGACAUGGCCACAGCAAAGAAGCAUAAAGUCAACAGUGAGAGCUGUGGAAAGUGGGAUACUUUUUCACUGAAAGAUGAAACAGUUGUCACAUUUGUAUGACAUUUCUUUUACAGAACUCAUAUGAUGUGAGAAGCAGCUGGCCCUCAGGUAUUUUCACAUUAUUUAAUCUUGCCCCAAUUCCGAAACGUUUGAACACCCCUAUGAUAAACAGAGCAGGAAGUACAGGUAAAUACAGUUCCGGAUAUGGAAGUUGUUCUGCAAGAGUCUGAAACAGUGCUGAGGUUUGACAGCAGACUGAGACAAUCUGAGGAAAAAAAUUGGAACUUAAAGGAAUAAUUUGACAAAUUAGGAAGUAUGUUAUUUGCAUUCUGAUUGCAUGAGAUUCUGAUUAGAUGAGAUGAUUGAUCUCACUCCAGCAGCCAGGUAGCAUAGCUAAGCAUUAAGACUGGAAACCGGGAAACUGCUAGCUUGGCUCUGCCAAAGAGAACAAAAGAUUCUCACUAAUUAAAACAUAACUCGUUUGUUUAUGUUUUCAAAAAUAUGGAAGUAUUUCUUCAAUUAAUUUUAAUACUGGGUGACAUUACUUAAAGGAUUAAACCUGAUGCAGUUAUUUCCAUGUGGCUUUUUUUUUUUGAGACUGUGAAGUGAAAUUUAAAAAAUGUCGUGUUACUAAACCCAUGUAUAAUGUUAGAGAUUUAAACAGUUUCAGGACAGACGGUGGGAAAAACAAAAUGAUUGUCUUACUUCAUCUGAUGAAUGUCUUAACGGCAGCGAAUGAUAUGUUAAUGUUUGCGCUGAAAAGGCUUUUGGCUGAUUGUUUACGGGACUUUGACACAUGAAUUGUCAAACAUUCUUCGACUGUGAAUUCAUUUUGUUUGCAUAGACUUUUAAAGUUUGCUGUAAUCAAAUCACAUGAACUGUGUUUAAUUGGCAUUAAGAUACAGGGCUGAUUGAUAUGAUAUGUUGACGUGUGUUGUGUUUACAUUGCUCUUAUUGCUGGCUGAAAUAUAUUAAGAAAAAUGUCUCCCAUUUCUCACUCAUUCCACCCUGGCUGUAAAAUCACUGGACUAACACUUUUGAUUUAUGAGCAAUUUAAUGAGAAAGAGGCA